CGGUGCGUUUGGUUUGGCCUCUCGAAAUCUAGUCUAGGGUUUAAAACAGGUUGAUCGCGAGGAAGAAAAUAAAACAGAUUGUUUACUUUCUAUUCUCUCCUUUUGCGUACGAAGUUUCUUUCUCUCUGAUCACUCAAUCAAGGGUUAGGGUAAAUAAUGAGGAGGAACAGUCCAGGUUACUACAGUCCUCCACGGAGAGGAUACGGUGGAAGGGGACCUAGUAGGAGGGGUUACGGUGGUGGUGGCGGUGGCGGUGGCGGUGGCGGUGGUGGUGGUGGAGGUAGGCGCAGAGAAAGCAACAAUGGAAGCCUUUUGGUUCGGAACAUUCCUCUAGAUUGUAGACCUGAUGAACUUCGAGUCCCGUUCGAGCGAUUUGGACCUGUUCGUGAUGUCUACAUACCAAAGGAUUAUUACUCUGGAGAACCUCGAGGCUUUGCAUUCGUGCAGUUUGUGGAUUCUUAUGAUGCCUCCGAGGCGCAGUACCAUAUGAACAGACAAAUAUUUGCUGGAAGGGAAAUAACCGUAGUUGUGGCUGCAGAGACAAGAAAAAGGCCAGAAGAGAUGCGGCAUCGGACUAGUAGGAGCAGAGGACCAGCAGGCUAUGGAGGACAAAGGUCUUCCUAUCACGGGCGUUCUCGAUCUCGCUCAAUUUCCAGAUCAAGAUCUCCUCCUUAUCACUCUGGUUCUAGAAAUCGCUAUCGCUCAAGGUCCAGGUCCUUCUCCCCUCCCCCAAGACGGCAAGGUGACUACUCUGUUUCCCCUAGAAGGCAUGCAGAGCGCCCUAGAUCACCUAGAAGUCCUAUUGUGGAGCGAGAUGGGGAUCAUAAACGCAGGUCGUAUUCUCCAGCUUAUGGCAAUGGUGCUGAUGAGAAUCCAAGCAAUGGAUAUGCUGAGAAAUCUGUGUACAAAUCUGAGGCUGAUCGAGGCCAGUGGAAGUCACCCCCAAGAACAUCUAGAUCACCUCCUGGAUCUAGAUCAAGAUCUGCCGAUUUGUCACCUAGACGUGGAAGAUGAGGUUGCACUGCUGGUUUGUUUGCAAUGUGCUACUGGGCUUAUGUAUAAUUCCUUUAAUUUAUCAAGACUCUUACAAAAAUCUGUAGUCUGCUUAAUAGUUUGCGUAUUAUGAUGUAUAAUCUUUAAGCUUGUUACUGAAGUGGGGCUUUUUGGACUUCUGAACUUAUGUAGUGAAACUUUAACCAGACUGAUGAAUUGUGGAGGAUUUGAGCUUUUAUUUUUCAUUGCUGCAGUUGUAUGAACAAAGUGUUUAGUUUGAAAAUGUUGGAAUGAAUGUUUUAGGUGCUUUUGAUA